AUGACCCCAGAACUCAACAGGGAGACAAGCUUGAAAAUGAAGAGGUCUUGGUGUAUUUCAAUGCGAAUAGCAUUGGAAGUGAAAAACAAAUGGUCUAUAGUCGACGACACAAUGAUAGCUCCGGCCAGAAGUCAUCCUCAAUACGCAGCUUGGAGAAGAUGCAAUCUGCUAGUUUGCUCUUGGAUCUUCAAGUCUGUCAACUCCUCAAUAGCUCAGAGCAUUAUACAUUUAGAUCAGGCAACAGACGUGUGGGAGGACUUGAAGCGAAGAUUCUCUCAUCAUGACGCACAGAAGAUCUCAUCGUUACAGAGUGAGAUCUAUGGUCUGAAACAAGGCACGAUGUCUGUAAACGAUUACUACACUAGAUGCCGCACCUUAUGGGAGGAGAUGAACUCCACGAGACCUUUUCCUGUGUGCAGGUGCGAUCCAAAAUGCUCAUGUGAUCUCAUUGAUCAAAUCAGGAAAGAGAGAGACACAGAUCAAGUGAUACGAUUCCUACAUGGCUUGAACGAUGAUUAUAGUAAUCUGAAGUCCAAUGUGCUUGUUCUCGAUCCCUUACCGGAGGCGAACGCUGUUCAACACAGCCAAAACAUUCCAGAUGAAGUCGUAGCAGCGUUUCAUUCCUAUAAUGGCAAACGUAGUGGAAACUCGAAUAAGGGAGCCAAGUGCACCUAUUGUGGAAUGAAUGGACACACAAUAGACAAGUGCUAUAAGAAGCACGGUUUUCCUCCGGGAUGGAUUUCGGGAUUCAAAUCAAAGGGGAAACAAGGAGCAGUCAUGUCGAAUAAUGCAGUAGAAAAUUCUGGAAACUCUGGAAAUGCUUCUACCGUGGAUCAGCUGCAGAAGCUAAUUUCCCUCCUUCAAGCACAAGCUGGACAAUCCUCAGGCACAAAUGCCACAGCUGCUGUCUCAUUAGUUCCGAGUUUCAACAGCGAAAACUCUGAAACUGAAGGCAAGUAUUCUGCUACUUAUAUUAAUUCUACUUUCUUGUGUGAAUCUACAUGGAUUUUAGACUCCGGUGCUACCGACCACAUCGUUUGUUCGCUUGAUUACUUUGAUAAUUACCGUGUGGUACGUGGAGCGGAAGUCAAUUUGCCUACUGGAAAUUCUGUGGUAGUCAAUCAUGUUGGAAAUGUCAGUCUCAACAAGGAAUUGUGUUUGAAGGAUGCUCUACACAUUCCAUCCUUCAAAUUCAAUAUCAUCUCUGUGAGUAAACUUCUUCAAGAUACCUGCAAUAAGCUAAUAUUUUUGUCUAAUCAGUGUCUCAUUCAGGAUAUGCUUGGGACGAGGACUGGUAUAGCUAAACAACGUAAUGGUUUAUAUUUGUUACUUGAACCACCAAGGAGGCAGGAUGUCAUGCAUAGCUUCGCAGUUCAUUGUAAUAAUAGUGAGGUGUGGCACCAAAGAUUAGGACACUUUCCUAUAAAUAAAAUGCACCUCUUGAGUGACAUUAAAUUCUCUGCUGCUAAAACCUUGGCUUGUGAUGUUUGCCACCUUGCAAAACAUAAACGCUCACCCUUUCCUUUAAGCACCACGUCUUCAAAGAAUUGUUUUGAUUUGAUCCACGCAGACAUAUGGGGGCCUUUCCAGAUAUGUUCAUUGCAGGGAGAUCGAUAUUUUUUAAGCUUGGUGGAUGACCAUUCGAGAUACACUUGGCUACAUCUGAUGAGAAACAAAUCUGAAACUAGACAGUUCAUAAAGAAGUUUCACGCAAUGGUGUUCACACAGUUUGGAACUUUGAUUAAAACUUUCCGGACGGAUAACGGGCCUGAGUUUAGCAUGACCGAGUUCUUUACAUAG